CAAACACACAAUCACAUUCACAAAAGAAACACGAAAAAACCCUAGAAAACACAGACAUGGGUGGCCUUACGCACCUCAUCAUCUUUAUCUCCAUCUUUGCCUCCAUAACUCUUAUAUCAGAAGCCCAAUACCUUCUUCCGAUCAACAAAGCCGAACCCUACAAACAAUACUACACCGCUUUCGACAUCGGCUCCGUCGAGAAGUCCUACCCUACACUCAUCCUCGAUCUCGAAACCAAACUAUCCUGGCUCAACUGCCGCCAACUCAAAUCUUUAAAAUCACUCCGCCUCAUCUCUUGCAAGAGCUCCACGUGCAAAUCCAUCCCCGGCAGUGGCUGCGACCGUAAAUACUGUCAAUACCGUCAACCAAACCCUCUCGGCAAACCCGUCACCGGCCGUGUCGUUCAAGACAAAGCCACCUUCUCCACUACAGACGGCGGAAGACAGCUCUCCCAAGUCUCUCUCCCUCGCUUCACAUUCUCCUGCGCCACCCAAGGCCUUUCCCUUCCCAUGACCGGAGUUCUUGGUCUUUCUCCGGCUAGAGAGUCCCCGUUUUGGAGACAGGUGACGACGGCGUUUAACGUCAUCCCGAAGUUCGCUCUCUGCUUGCCUUCUUCCGUCUUCGACCCCGGUCACUUCUAUGUCGGUGGCGUUAACAGCUAUAAUAUCCCGCCGUUCAAUGGUAGCAAUCGUAUGCCCAUGACUUUGACGCCGUUGAAAAACAUUGACUCGGGAAAAUAUGUAAUCUCCGUCGAGUCAAUCUACGUUGGCGGAGUACCUUUAUCGUUGAACCCAAGUUUGCUUCAAGGCGGAGCAAAGAUCAGCACGGUGGUUCCUUACACCGUCCUGCAAACGGAUAUCUACAAGGCUCUUGCUAGUGCAUUUACGCGUGAAGCAAAGAAAAUAGGUAUGUCUCAGGUCCCAGGAAUGUAUGAGUUCCCAGGACUUACUACUACGCUAUUCGAAAUUUGCUUCGACGAAGGUACUUCCAAGAGGAACGUAGAGGACUUCAUGAACGUGCCAGUGAUAGAAAUUGGGCUGCCAGGGCGGGCAGGGGAGGUGAAGUGGAGGUUUCACGGUGCGAAUACGGUGGUGAGAGUAUUGGAGACGGUGAUUUGUUUGGCGUUCGUCGACGGAGGAAAGAAACCUAAUGAGCCGAUGGUCAUUGGGUCACAUCAGCUUCAGGACUAUAUGAUCGAAUUCGAUUUGAGCACCACGCGUAUGGCUUUUAGUGAGUCACUCUUGAGCCAUAAGACUAGCUGUUCCGCGUGGCCUUCCCGGAGUCAGAGUCAUCAUUCACACAUGAGUUUAUGA